AUGUCGAUCAUAUCAAUUCUGGAGGUAUACCCUCGACUUGAACCCGUCAUGGAGCAUAUUUGGCCUAAGAAGGCCACGCCUGUACUGUUAAAAUGUCAGGAUCGUGUUUCGGUGGUAGCGCUGGACGGCAAGCCACUCUUUCAACACCGAGAUCGGCAAUGGGUGCCAACGUUGCGACUGUUGCAUGAAUAUCCAUCCAUGAUGCCUAAGAUGCAAGUAGACAAAAGCGCUGUGAAGUAUGUGCUGAGGGGAUCGAACGUGAUGUGCCAAGGCUUGACUUCUCCUGGGGGCAGAAUGGAGGACGUGCCGGCCAACACGGUUGUG